AGCGAUGCUGGGGGCUGGGGGCUGGUUAAACGGGUGGGACAAGUGCCCUGACUCACCAAGAAGCCCGGAGUCGGGACGGACCCCGGCCCAGGCGCCCGAGUGCGAAUCCCGGCUUAACGGAGGGUCUGCGCCCAGAGCCACUCCCGCCCUCGCCCUGGAGUCUAGUCCCCGGAAGUUCUCCAGAAAGCUGCUGGGAAGAGAGGGGGCCAAGAUGGGCCGCCGAGCCCAACAGGAGUCACCUCAGGCUGAGAGUUACUUCAGUAGCAAGAAUUCUUCGUUGACGCAGACUGAAGAGGCUCCCCCACCGAAACCACCUCGAAGGCAGGGAGGCUGGGCAGACGACUCCAUGAAGGUGUCAAAAUUGGGAAAGAAACUUUCUGAAGAAAUGGAAGACCGUCGCCUGAGACAGCACAGCCUGACUCGAUCAGAUGACGGAGAAGGUCAUUCAUUCUUAAAAUCAAGUUUUUGGCUCGCCCUAAAACCAUUAGAUAUUUGUCAUGGAAGGUUACAUGCCAUUUGAAAAGGAAUGUCAUAUCUGGAAUAGGACUGAACUCAGCCUCUGACUUUGGACAAGCUGCUCACGGAUUCAUUGACUCAGCGACCAUUUGCACAUCCUUCUGCCGAGUGAUGUAGGAGACUGGGCUCUAGGGUAUCAUGGUGAGCUAGGUGUUCAUUGCUCUGCCUUCAAGGCAGCUUACCUAGCUGGGGGACAGGAAUAAAAUACAUUAUCAUACAACUAAAUAGGUAGGAACAGCAGAUGUGGCGGUGCAUGCCUUUAAUCGCAGCACUCAGGAGGCAAAGGCAGGCAGAUCUCUGAGUUCAAGGCCAGCCUGAUCUACAAAGUGAGUUCCAGGACAGCAGGGCUGCUACACAGAGAAACCUUGUCUCGGGAAAAAAAAAAAAAAAAAUGACUUCGUCCCCUAAAGGAAGAAUACAGAUGCCGUUAGAGAGAAAAAGAGACCUGACUUAGACUGGGUGAUGGAGCGAAAGGACCAUCUAAAGAAGUGACUUUCGGGCAUCAGCUGAUCGAGAAGCAGAAGUUGCCAGGGAAGGGCAGUGGGGGUGGGGAGAUAGAGAGACCACAGGUGCAAAGGUGUCACACACACACACACACACACACACACACACACACACACACACACACACACACACACACACCCUGCAACCUCUCUCAGGGCUGCUUAGUCUCUGUCUGUCCUAAAUUUCACUCACUAGUAGAGGGCAAGCUCAGGCUAGAAUGUGAGGCCGUAAAGAAGUGAGCGGUACAUAGAUGGGAAAAGCAAUUCCUUAUCUUCAGAGAAGAUGAUCCAGGGACCCUGGGGAGAGGCUUCCAUCGGCAAAGUGCCUGCCAUGCAAACAUGGACUUGAGUCUUAUUAGCACCCACGUGAAAACCCAGGGUACAGCUGUGUGUGCCUCCAAUCCCAGCCCUGGGGGCACGGGAGCAGGAGGGUGCUCUGGACUGCUUACCACCCAGUCUAACCAAACCUGGAAGCUCCAGUUUCAGUGAGAGACCCUGUCUCAAAAAAUAAGGUGGCGAGCCAUUGGAGAAGACGCCUGAUGUCUUUAGCCUCAACGUGCAAGCACACACAUGAUGUCUUUAGCCUCGACGUGAAGCACACACAAGAGAGUGCACACACAUCCACAAAGCGUAUUCAGGUUCAAACUGUCACUGAAUAUACAAUUGAACAAGGACUCAACUUUCAAGUCAUUUGUGUCAGACCAAAAUGCAAGUUAGGAAAACGUCUGUGAGCUCUCCCAGUUGUCGUUUCAAAACGGAAGGUCUCUGAGAACGGGAGCUUAAUCGAAGAAGUCACCGUGUUAGAGCCUUGCCUUCCUGCAUCCUGCAGGACUGUGCCUGGCGUUGUGACUCCCUCUCACGGCACCCCCGAGCUGUGGGUGCACCUCGCCCCGCUGGGGAGAGCUGUCUCUUUCACAUCCCGAGGUCCAGUUUUGACAGAAGUGAAAUGCCUUGAAACCUCGGAAUAAUAAAUCCUUCUGACCAACCCAAAAGUGUUUAAUUCCUAAAGGACAAGCCGAGUGGAGCCACUUCUAGCCAGGGGCGAUUGGGGACUUAAUUCUUCAAGUGUAGCAAUCUGGAUGAUCUGAGAGCUUUGAGUUUGAGGGUAAUUGCUCAAUUUUCUAUCCAUGUCAACAGGGAAAAUAGGUAAAAGUGGCUCAACACAGCCACGCCACGAGGCUGGAAGAGAUGUGAGGUGCCGGCUGUCAGCGGAAUUGGAAACACGCUAUCUCUAGAGGGCUAUCUCAGCCGACCCCCGACUCCGGCUCCCCAGCCAUCUCCAACUCUGGGCUUUCUGUCUCUCUUUCGGGUGCUGCCUCGUUCUUGUUUAACCCUCUAUGACAUCCUUCAUCCCUUCUGCAAACAGCAGUCACGUUGUGCCUAAACGGCUUCCAUGGAGAGAAAGUGAAAGUGGAAAGAAUUCCUUAAGAACAGAUAAAAUGGAAUCCUGGUGCCUUACCUCCUUUGGUGCUUAGUGAGAACAUUUUUGUUGUGUUGCCUGCCUUCCUGAAGCUUCAUGCCGCUGGUGGCAUUUCCUAGGUGCCUCCUAAAUCUGGCUCCUUUGUGUCCAUAAUUUUAGUUAGGCCAUAAUCAUUACCAGUUUAAGUCCAAAGUCCAAAGUUAGUAGCGCUAUGCACGGAAGUCCUUCUAACGCCAUUCCUGCCUAUCCUGCCUCGGCGCCCACACACAGUAGCUGCAGCCAGCGCCCAGAGGUCGUGAGCUAGGACAGGCUGCCCUCCCUUUGGUCUGUGCCUUACUUUGUUUACCAGAUACUGGGUAGGAAAUCUGAAACAGAAACCAAUCUUGUGGGAAAGAGUGUUGGUAAUUAAGCUUGUGUCCACGUUGUCCAUGGUGUAACCUGUGGAGUUGCUGCCACACUUACCGUGGUGAUAAUCACCCUCUCACCACGGAGGAGGUCAAAGCUCUGCCGCGUUAAAUAACUCACAGGUCACAUGGCCAGUAAACAACCAGGCAUGGGCAAAUUAGCAACCAGCUCUGCAGAGGAAGAGAACCAAUCACAAAGGCAGGGUUUGCCAGCUUCCAUGGUGCCGUGUUGGCUAGUUUCAAGCUAACGAUAGGACAUCACCGGCCACAGUUAGGACAGGCGGGCACACCAUUAUAUCAUAGUCCCGCUGUAGGCACUUAGCUGUAAUAAUGGUGAAUGUGCAGCUAAAGUAGCCUGUAGGAAGUGCUGGAUUGUGAGUCCUAAGUCUCCUUGUGUUCAGUGUUACUUGUAAUGGUGUAUAACCUCAUUAAUGUCUGCAUUUGACAGUGUGUGCUUUUCUGAUUGAACAGGAUCCAGAAUCACCCGAGACAAACCACAGCGCGGCUGUGAGGAACUUUCUAGAUUAGGUUGAGGUAGGAAGACCCGCCCUAUGCUGGACUGAAUAGAAAGGAGAAAGCUAGCGGAGCACCAGUAUUCAUGUCUCUGCUUUCCCAACUGUGGAUACAAAGUGACCAGCUGCCUCGGGCUCCUGCCACCUCGAUUUCCCUGCCACUGUGGACUGUACCCUCAAACUGUGAGCCAAGAUAACCCCUUUCCUGAGUUGUUCAUUGCCAGGCAUUCUGUCACAGCAACAAAGAAAGUAGCUGUAAAGUCAGCUUCCCCUUACUAUAAUAAAAUACCUGAGCCAGAACUCAGGAAGAGAAAAG